AUUGCUUUCCAAUCUUCACAACUAUGCUUUUACUUCUACCCUACCUUUAUUGCGUGAUCUUGGCCUUUAUUUUCUCUAUUUAUCUAAAAUUUUACAGAAAGAGCAACAAGCUGGUCCUCCGCCACUUGCCCAUCUUCGGAUUUUUGCCAGAAGGGCUUUUUGAUUUCCACCUCUUCCAUGACAAACUCAGCAAAACUUUGAGGAAUAGAAAGGGCACGAUUCUCAUCAAUUACUGGCUUUUGCCAAACAAUUUCUUACUCACCAGUGAUCCAGCCAAUGUUCACUACAUGCUCACCACAAACUUCUCAAGAUAUCCCAAAGGCUCUGAAUGGCAAAAGAGAUUCGAUGUUUUUGGCCAUGGCUUUUUCAAUUCUGAUAAUGAAGAAUGGAUGCUACAAAGAAAAGCUGUCCGGCGAUUCUUGACUCACACAAAAUUUCAUCGACUGACUGCAAAAAUCGUCCCGGAAAUUAUUGAGAAAGGAGUCAUCCCAGUUUUUGAGCACGCCUGUCAAAAUGAUUUAGCAGUGGAUUUGCAGGAUUUGUUGAAAAGGUAUACAUUUGAUUACGCGACAAUUAUCGCCACUGGAUGUAACCCGAAAUCUCUCUCUAUUGGAAUGCCGGAAAUUUCACUUUCAAAGGCGUUCGAUGAUGCGUGUGAAACGAUAUUUUUUAGGCAUAUUGUGCCGGAAACGCUGUGGAAGUUGCAAAGAUUGUUGAGAAUUGGGAAAGAAAGAAAAUACAGAAAUGGCUGGAAGGUUAUUGAUGAGUUCUAUCACAAUAUUCUAAUUAAACAAGAUGAAGAGAGUUUCAAUCUUUUGAACUUUUACAUGAACCGAAAUGAUAUCAGUCAACCUAGAGAAAAUGAUGAGGAAGUCAUGAGAGACAACGUAAUUAGCGUCAUUUUCGCUAGCGAAGACACAACAAGUACUGCACUUACUUGGUUCUUCUGGUUGGUCUCACAGAAUCCAGAAGCUAUCAGUAAAAUCAGAGAAGAAAUUAAAGUCAAUGCAACGCCAAAAGACGCCAACAAGGGCGCUGAGGAUCGUCCUCUUCUGUUCAAUUUCGAUGAGCUGAGCAAGCUUGUUUAUCUGCAUGCAGCUUUAUGCGAAUCCCUGAGGCUAUUCCCCUCGAUUCCUUAUGAAACCAGGACGCCAACACAGCAAGACAAGCUUCCAAGUGGGCAUAGAGUGAAUGAGAAGACGAUAGUGAUAAUUUGUACGUAUGCAAUAGGGAGAAUGGAGACGGUGUGGGGUGAAGACUGCUGUGAAUUCAAGCCGGAGAGAUGGAUAACAGACGAAGGAGGGAUUAAACAUGAGCCCUCUCACAAGUUUUUUGCCUUCAAUACGAGGCCAAGAAUAUGCCCCGGCAAAGAAAUUGCUUUCGUUGUAAUGAAGGCCAUUGCAGCUGCUAUAAUUUUUAACUAUGAUAUUCAAGUGCUAGAAAAUUCCCCUGUGAUUCCUAGUCUUAGUAUCAGUUUACGCAUGAAACAUGGAUUAAUGGUUAAAAUUAAUAGGAAAUCGUAUUGAGAAUAGAUCAAAAGUUGUUUCUAAAUUUGAAAAAUAUAAAUUGUAAAACUUUAUUUGAAUAUUGUAGAGGGUAAAAUUCAAUAAAGUUGGCUAGUGAUUAAUCGACAGUGUAGUUAAGUGUGUUAGGGAGUCUAACAACAGUUUAAGUCAAGUAACGGAAGAGGCUUUUGCUAUACACCGUAUCAAUAUCAACUAAGAAUAACAGUGUCGCUCGGCAAUUCAGAUUGAAGAGGAGCAUGCAUUUCGUCUUCUUCUCUUACUCAAGGAAAAUCAACCGAAUGAGAGGCAGUCUGACGAUCCAAAAUGUGCACUCUGGUGAUGGUUCGAUCUAAUUUCUAUAGUGGCUCAGGUUGUUAGUAACAAUUGUUGCUAGCCCGUAUUUUCUUUCAAGUAUAUAUAAACUCUCUAAAAAAAUCUUUCCAUUUAAUUGAAGAAGUAUUUUCCAGAUA